GUGGGCGGAGCGGCCCGAAGGAGGAGGCGGCGGAGCAGGGGGCGGUUUGGUUGCGCGGUACUAGCGGUGCCCGCCGAAGGGGGAGGAGGCGGAGGAGCGAACCGUGCGGCCAGAGCGGGAAAGAGACUCGUCGCUGCGUCCGAGUUCUGGAGCUGCCGCACCCCGGCUCCUGGGGCUGCGGCGGGACCUCUGAGGGGCCGGGCGUCCGCUGUCUCCCGGAUCCCCGCGUAGGACCCCGCGGGAUCGGAAAAGGGAGAAGAUGGAGGAGGGCGGCAGCGGCGGCGGCGCCGCGGGGACCAGCGGGGACGGCGGCGCCGGGGGAGAGCAGCUCCUCACUGUCAAGCACGAGCUGCGGACGGCUAAUUUAACAGGACAUGCAGAGAAGGUGGGGAUUGAAAAUUUUGAGCUCCUCAAGGUCCUAGGAACUGGAGCUUAUGGAAAAGUAUUUCUGGUUCGUAAAAUCAGCGGUCACGACGCUGGCAAGCUGUACGCCAUGAAAGUCUUGAAAAAGGCCACAAUAGUGCAAAAGGCCAAAACCACAGAGCACACAAGGACGGAGCGGCAAGUCCUGGAGCACAUCAGGCAGUCACCGUUCUUGGUGACCUUGCACUAUGCUUUCCAGACAGAAACCAAACUUCAUCUCAUUUUAGAUUAUAUAAAUGGUGGAGAACUUUUUACUCAUCUUUCUCAAAGAGAGCGUUUCACAGAGCACGAGGUGCGGAUCUAUGUUGGAGAGAUCGUGCUUGCCCUCGAACAUCUCCACAAGUUGGGAAUUAUAUACCGUGACAUUAAGCUUGAGAACAUUCUACUUGAUUCUAAUGGCCACGUGGUGCUGACAGAUUUUGGUCUGAGUAAGGAGUUUGUGGCUGAAGAAGCUGAAAGAGCAUAUUCCUUUUGUGGGACUAUUGAAUACAUGGCACCGGAUAUUGUCAGAGGGGGAGAUUCAGGACAUGACAAGGCAGUUGACUGGUGGAGUUUAGGUGUUCUAAUGUAUGAAUUACUAACUGGAGCAUCUCCUUUCACUGUCGAUGGGGAGAAGAAUUCCCAAGCUGAGAUAUCUAGGAGAAUAUUAAAAAGUGAGCCUCCAUAUCCUCAAGAAAUGAGUGCUUUAGCUAAAGACCUAAUUCAGCGUCUUUUGAUGAAAGAUCCCAAGAAAAGAUUGGGAUGUGGCCCACGUGAUGCGGAUGAAAUCAAAGAACAUCUCUUUUUUCAGAAAAUAAAUUGGGAUGAUUUAGCUGCCAAAAAAGUGCUCGCGCCAUUUAAGCCAGUCAUCCGAGACGAAUUAGAUGUGAGUAACUUUGCAGAAGAGUUCACGGAGAUGGACCCCACCUACUCGCCCGCAGCACUGCCCCAGAGCUCCGAGAGGCUGUUUCAGGGCUAUUCCUUUGUUGCUCCUUCUAUUCUGUUCAAACGUAAUGCAGCUGUAAUAGAUCCUUUUCAAUUUCACAUGGGAGUUGAACGUCCUGGAGUGACAAAUGUUGCCAGGAGCGCAAUGAUGAAGGACUCCCCAUUCUAUCAGCACUAUGACCUGGAUCUGAAGGACAAGCCACUGGGAGAGGGAAGUUUUUCAAUUUGUCGAAAGUGCAUACACAAAAAAAGUAACCAAGCCUUUGCAGUCAAAAUAAUCAGCAAAAGGAUGGAAGCCAAUACUCAGAAAGAAAUCACAGCUCUGAAGCUCUGUGAAGGACACCCCAAUAUCGUGAAGCUGCAUGAAAUUUUUCACGAUCAGCUUCACACGUUUCUGGUGAUGGAACUUCUGAACGGGGGAGAGCUGUUUGAACGCAUUAAGAAAAAGAAACACUUCAGUGAGACUGAAGCCAGCUGCAUCAUGCGGAAGCUCGUUUCGGCCGUGAGCCACAUGCAUGAUGUGGGCGUGGUGCACAGGGACCUGAAGCCUGAGAAUUUAUUGUUCACUGAUGAAAAUGACAAUUUGGAAAUUAAAGUAAUCGAUUUUGGGUUUGCACGCUUAAAGCCACCUGAUAACCAGCCUCUCAAGACGCCCUGCUUCACCCUGCACUAUGCGGCCCCCGAGCUCUUGAAUCAUAAUGGCUACGAUGAGUCCUGUGACCUCUGGAGCCUGGGCGUCAUUUUGUAUACAAUGUUGUCAGGGCAAGUUCCAUUCCAAUCUCAUGACAAAAGUUUGACAUGUACCAGUGCGGUGGAAAUCAUGAAGAAAAUUAAAAAGGGAGAUUUCUCCUUUGAAGGAGAAGCCUGGAAGAAUGUAUCCCAAGAAGCUAAAGAUUUGAUCCAAGGACUCCUCACAGUCGAUCCAAAUAAAAGGCUUAAAAUGUCAGGCUUGAGAUACAACGAAUGGCUUCAAGAUGGUAGUCAGCUGUCCUCAAAUCCUCUGAUGACUCCGGACAUUCUAGGAUCUUCGGGAGCUGCUGUGCAAACCUGUGUGAAAGCAACCUUCCACGCCUUUAACAAAUACAAGAGAGAGGGGUUUUGCCUUCAAAAUGUCGACAAGGCCCCUUUGGCGAAGAGAAGGAAAAUGAAGAAGACCAGCACCAGUACAGAGACACGCAGUAGCUCGAGCGAAAGUUCUCACUCGUCCUCCUCUCACUCCCACGGGAAAACCACGCCCACUAAGACCCUGCAGCCCAGCAACCCCGCGGACCCCACUCACCCAGACACGCUCUUCCAGUUCUCGGACUGAGUGGUGCGGGGACGGUAGGAGUGUCACCGAUGAUGACCCGUCUGCACCUCGAGUGCCCUCAGCAUGUGCCUGAGAUGAUGUCUUAACGCUUUUCAAACCGUGUCCUGUUGGUCUUCUUGGAAGCUGCCUCUUAGGGAAUUUUUUCAGGAAAACCCAGUUGGUUAUCCUUGUCCAAAAGCACGGGACAGAGAAUGUUACUGUGAAUAGAGCACCUGUUAUACCGUUCAGCAGCCUGGCAUGAUGCCAGUGGGACUGUUGUGGAAAGAGCAAAGGUGUCUGUCUGUAAAUCUAAUUAGGGACUGGUUAGGUUUGAGCUGUUUACAGAAUGAGUCGCAGGUUUUUCAGAUGUCUGCCACCAAGAGUCACUCGUACCGUGAUGAUGAUACCUUUUGCUUUGCCUUGUGGAGAGCGUGGGUUUUUAAGAGAUUUGCACCCCCUCGAACAGUGAUUUAUCAGAGGAAAGGGUCUGAGGGUUUUCAAAAUGAUUCUGUAGUGAAUUGUAUGUGUGGCGUACAUUUAUUUCUUGAGAGAGGAUUUUAACUUAUUGUCUUUAUUUUAUGGUUACAUACGAUGGUAACCUAUUAUUAUUAAUCUUUUUCUAAAAAGUAAAAAAAAAAAAAAAAGUACAGGAACUUAAGGUCCCAUGCUCUGUAUUUGGGAUCCGUCUGAGAUGCAUGCUAAGCUACAUAUGUUUUUAAUUUUGCACUGCUCUUUCCUGGCGAUUUGUUUUAAUGGUUAUUGCAAAAUAGUAAGGUACAGGUCUCUGUUUUAAGUAAUAUUGCACUUUAUGAGAGAAUACGAAUAAAGCAAACUAUUUUGUAAAGUGCACUGUUUAAAGCAUAUGUACUGCAUUUUGGCCGGUUUUUCCAUUAUCCACUUUAAAUUUGUCCUUGCAUCCCCCUUUCUACCUUGUAUGCGCAAGCGGAAUGGGCAUAAUCGUAAGCCACUUAGGCACCGAUACGAAGAAAAUCUGAAGGGAAAUUCUGUGAAACACUGUGCUUCACGUUUGUACAUUGUGUUGUGCUGCCACAAGGCGCACCCUCCUGUAGGCAGAUGUUAUGUACAUAGUAUUUUAGAAUCAUGACUAUGCCUUGUCUUGAAAUUUUUCUGUUAAAUUUUAAAUCCAGAAAGCAUAUUUUAUAAACUUAUGCAGAGCACCUUUAUUGCUCCAAAGUUCUGAAUUCCUACAGAAAACAAGUGCUAUGUGAUGAAGACAUUUCACUGAAAGAUUGCUGCGUUUUCAAAUACGAUUAAUUCAUUCCCUAUGCAAAAAAAGAAGUGAUAGGAUUUGUAUGUUGUAUUUUCUUUUAAAGCCAUCACACAAAAUGUCAGGACUGAGAAAAGUGAUCUUGGCUAUGUUUACAAGAAUCAUGCUUAAAAAGAUAAUGCCCGACCUGUUUAUUUUAUCAUUUUUGUUAAUGAUAACCUCUUGAGCAUUGGUUUGGAAUUUGGGCAUGAUAUUUAUUUAUUCCUUUCUUGAGAUGAUAGCAGCAUUAAUUUCAACCAGUUAUGAAUACUUAAAAUAUUGCGCUCUAUGUAAUAGUAGUAUAUUUAUUACUAAAUCAAUGUAUAUAUUAAUAGCACAGGCAAAAAAAUGGCAAAUAUUAAAAUAUUUUCAAAAUAUUGUAUUAUUCUGUUCACAUUUUUGUUCACAGUGGUUAUUGGAAAUAACUUUCUAUACUUUUCAGUGGCCCAAAUGGCUCCAUGAUUCUCAUGAGUCAGUGAAAGUUUUGUACCCCUAGCUUGCAAUCUUUCCUGGUCAUGAUGGGAAAUCUUUACAUGAAUUAUUACCAACCUGUAGCAAAUUCACAGAAUGUGAUUCCAUCCAGGUGCAGCGAUUUAAUAACCAAGAAAAUGUCCAUUUAUAUCUACAGUUAUAUUAAAUAGGUUUGGAAAUGUCUAAGUUAGCUCUUCAGGUCAUUUGUUAAACUGUGCAUCCUGGUAGGAAAUACUAGUUGUAAAGUAUAAACUAAAGGGACUUUGUUGCUAAUGGAAAAUGAUCCAGAAAAAUAGUUAGCAUACCCUAAGGAUUGUUGGGCGUCAUUGACUCCCGGAGAGUGAAAUUGAGGGGUUUCCUUUUCCUCUGUUCUCAGUGCCUCUUCUUCUGCAGGACCUGACAGAAAAUGGAAUGGGUGAAAAGGCAGGCAGAGUAACAGGAGGAAGGACAGAGAAGGCUAGUCCAUCACAAUGAGGCUCCCUGAAUAACCCAGAACGGGCUUUUGGAAGAACCUCAAAAAACACUCAGAAUGGUGCCCCCUUGUCAGGUACCUUCAUCCUCACCCUGCUUACCAAUGCCAGAGAGACAGCUCCGAUGCUGAGUCUGCAGCACUUAGACUGUGUACAGGCUCUUCGUGGCUGGUGACUUGCACUUUGAAAUUCACAAAGCUUUCACUGAGUCAUAGCAGGAGUAAACUAAAAAACACUUCAAAUGAAAAUGUUCAGUGAAAGCACUCUUUUUUAGUAUUAGGAGUAAAAAAGAAGUAGAUCUAUAAAAACCAAAUAUAGACAUAAAUUUAUAUAAUAUUAAUUUUGGAGGUAAGGCCAAAUCACCUCUCCCCUUUUUCCCUGAGUGAUUUUAUUUGCAUGUAGUUUUCACACCAUCCUAAAUCCCGAUGCAUAUAUUUUAUGACUACAUAUGGCUGGUUGAGAGUCAAGCAGGUAAUAGAUGAAAUACAUUUUAAAAGACCGGUUUCUUCUACUUCUUAGGCCAGAUGCUGUGGCUGACUGAGUUAAAUUAGCUAUUUUGAAGUUCAUGAAUUCUUCCCAACUUCUAUAAAACAAUGAGUCCGUGAACCCCCUGGGACCGAAAAUCAAGCCACCUGGAGUUAAUUUCAACAUGCAUCUUUGUGUUGGAGUUGCAGAUUCAUUUGCCCAGGAAAGAACGCUUUUUAAUAUUUUUCUAUUGCUACCGAUUUCUUAAAUAACUAUGUAAAGGCUACAUGUAAAAUACAAGUUUACAGAAGGACAAGAAUUUGUCUUCCUAGAAAGUAAGUGGAAGAUAAAAAGAUGAAAAACUUUGUUUUUCUUCUGGGUGAACAAUGAAGAGGCGAAGGAUAGUCCCACCGUGGUUCAGCUGAAUGCAGGCCACCCAUCGCCAUCUGUGGUGUCUUCCCUGCCUGCAGUAAUUGUACUGUUUCUUGCUUUGUUUUCUGGCUUUCCAGUUGUACGACUGCAUGCAGUAAUGUUUCCCCACACUGAUACGUCCCUCACUGCUUCUUAACAUAUCCAGGUAUUGACUACUGUUUAUAGCUUGUAAUUGAGAUCAGAGAAGUACUUGAUUGGGGCAGAGAAGGGAGCACUGGGGAUGAAAAGUAUGUAGGAAUAAGGAAAUAAGGACACUGUGUGAGAAAGUGAGCAGCCCUACAUCUCUGAGAUACAAAUAAUUGACAGGAACAUGAAGAGGGCUACUUUAUAAAAAUGCUAUUUCAAUAGCCAUUUAUAUAAAUGUCUUUAAUAGUUUUGUCUGCUGGGUGGAUAGGUGAACUUAUUUAAGAUGUCUAUACAGGCUUUGUAAGGUGGUUAUUUUUUUCUCGGAGGCCCAUGUGAUUGCUUUCUCCUCACCAUUUCCCUACUCCCUCCCCAACUUAUCCUGCUGCCUGCUGUCCAGACCAUUGCCAUUCUGUGGCCAAAGAGAGCAGUUCAAAUGGAGUACUAAGACUACAUAUAGGUAGUGAUCAUAUUCUUUAAAAAUUUUAAUGCAGUAUGGCAUAUAAAGUGCACAGAUCUUAAGCAGACAGCUCAAUGAAUGUUUAUGUAUGUAUGCACCCUUAAAACCAUCCCCUAGCUCAAGAUGAGGCUCCCAGUCCUUACUCAGACUUAACCACUGUUCUCACUUCUGUCUCCACAGAUUUGUUUGCCUGUUCUUGAUCUUCCUGUAAAUGGAAUCAUAGUCUAGUCUUUGGUGUCUGGUUUUAUUUGAUGAUCAUGAUGUCUGUGAAAUUCAUCUACGUCAUUGCACGCAGCAAUGACAAUAGUGUGCUCUUUUUCAUUAUUGUGUAUUCUUCCAUCAGAUGAGUAUAUCCCAAUCUAUUUAUCCAUUCUACUGUUGAUGGACAUUUGGGUUGUUGAUAACUUUUAGCUUUGAUGUCUAAAGCUGUCAUGAGCAUUCCUGUGCAUACCUUUUGGUGGGUAUGUGCAUUCAUUUCUCUUGGGUUUAUACUUAAGAAGGAAGCUCACUGAAUCAUAGGAUGGAUGUACAUUUAGCUUAAAGGAUAUUGCCAAAUAGUUUUCAACAGCGGUUGUACCGAUUUACACUCCCACCCAACAAUGUGUGAGAGUUCUGGUUGCUCUACAUCCUCAUCAGUCCUUGGUACCAUCAGCCUUUUUAGUUUUAGCCAUUCUGUCAAGUGUGUAUGUCAUUGUGGUGUUGGGCAUUCUGACAAGUGUUGGUGUUCUACUGUGGUUUUAAUGUGCAUUUCUCUGAGAAGUAAUGAUGAGUAGAACACCCUUUUAUAUCUUUAUUAGCCAUUUGGGUAUUCUCACUUGUUGAAUGCCUAUUCAGGUCGCUUCUUUAUAUUUAUUAGGUUGUCUGUCUUUUCCCUAUUGAUUUGAAGGUUCUUUGUAUCUUAUUGAUAUGAGGUUUUGUCUGAUAUAUUGUUAUAAAUCUCUUCUCUUUGUUUUGCUUUUUUUCUUUCUAAUUAAUGUCCUCCAAUAACCAGAAAGUUCUAAUUUUUAUGAAGUUCAAUAUAUUGGUUUUUUAUGCUUAAUGAUCUUUGUGACCUGUUUCAUCAGUCUUUACCCAAGGUUAUUAUUCUUCUAAAAGCUUUAUUGUUUCACCAUUCACAUUAUAUCUGUGAUCCGUCUAGCACUGAUAUUUGUAUAUGGUAUGAGGUGUAGUAGUCAAAGUUCACUUAUUCCAUGAGUGUUCACUUGACUUAGCAUAGUGUCUUGAAAAUCUCAGUGCAUUGCAGUUAUAACUUUUAUAGUCUUCCCAUCUGGUAAUGUAAGAUCUCUAACUUUGAUUUUCUUCCAGAUAGUCUUGGCUACUCUUAACCCUUUGCAUUUCCGUGACAGAUAGUCAGUUUCCUUGGGGAGGUUAUCUAUUAGGGUUUCAUUGGUAUGGCAUUGUAUAUAUAGAUCAAUUUCAGGAGAAUUUUAUCUUCUCAAUUUUGAGUUUUGCAAUCCAUAGACAUGGUACAUCUCUCUAUUUACUUAGGUCUUUAAUUUGUCUCAGCAAGGUUUUAAGAUUUACAUGGAGAGGUUAGAUUUAUUUUUAGAUUAUUGAAGUUUAUAUUUUAUUAUCUAUUUUCUGUUAGUAUGUAGAAAUAUAAUUGGUUGGGGUAUUUUUUAGAUUUUAUUUACUUAUUUUGAGAGAGAGAGAGUGCAUGAGCUGACGGGGGGCAAAGGCAGAGAGAGAAUCUCAAGCAGACUCUAUGCUGAGUGUGGAGCUGGACGUGGGGCUCGGUCUCACAACCACAAGAUCAUGACCUAAGCUGAAGUCAAGAGUUGGAUGCUUAACUAACUGCACCACCCAGGCGCCCCUAUAUUUGUUUUUUUGUACUGCCUUUGCAUCUAGCAACCUUACUAAAUUCACUUUAAUUAUGCUAAUUCUAUAGAUCCUUUUGUAUUUCUUUAUGUAUACAUUCAUGUCUUCUAUAAAUAAUGAUAGUUUCAUUUCUCCCUUUCCAGUUUUUCUUUUUUUUCCCUUACUGAGUCGACUAGGACUUCUAGCAGAAUGUUGAAUAGAAGUGGGACAGCAGACCUCUUUGACUUGUUCCUGAACUCAAAAUAAGAAUUCAGUAUUUUACCAUUCAAUAUGAUGUUUGCUGCAAAUUUUUAAAGAGAUACCACUUACCAAAUUAAGGGGUUUUUUAUUCCUAGUUUUCUGAGAGUUUUAAUUACAUGAUUUUUCUACCUCUAUUGAGAUGAUCAUGUAGUUUUUCACUUUUGUUCUC